ACGUUUCCGAAUAAUAAAAAUUUAUUUUCGAGUAGGUAUAUGAUCGCUGUAUUGUUCUGGCAAAUCCUCAAAUGAAAAGAUGUUCCGUUUGUCGUUACUACAUUUCGGAAUAUUUGUCAUAGGGGUUCUGGGCAUUAAUGAUAAUAAACGAGAUAAUUAUUAUGACAAAGAUGCCAAUAAAUAUUACAACGAGGAAUCUUUUGUGUACGAGAACAAAUCUUGCGAGGAGUAUGAAAAGAAAUCUUACGAGAAAUAUCAGGAGGAAUCUUACGAGAAAUAUGAAACGAAAUCUAACGAGGAAUGUAAGAAAGAAUCUAAUGAGGAAUGUGAAAAAACAUCUAACGACGAAUCUUCCGUAAUAGUUGUUCUAGGAGCUAAAGAUAAUACACGAAACGAUUUCCGUGAUAUAGAUGUGAAUAAAUAUGAGGAAUCUUAUGUAAAGUAUGACAAGGAAGCUUACAAGAAGUAUGAGAAGGAAUUUGACGAAAAGUAUGAGGAAAAAUCUAACGAAACAUCUAACGAAAAGUUUAAGAAGAAAUCUUACAAGAUAUAUAAGGAGAAAUCUUAUAUAAAGAAUAAGGAAGAAUUUUGCAAGAAAUAUGAGGAACAAUCUAGCGAAGAGUAUGAAAUAAAUAACACAUUCGAUUAUUUCUUGCAAAUGAAUAUGAUAGAUACACUUAUAAAUAAUUUCAUCAAUCCUUGCGCCGAUUUUUACAACUACACCUGCGAACUUUGGGACCAACUCGGUUCUAUGGUACCGGCAUCAAAAAAUUAUAACCAGAAUAAAAUCUAUUUUAGCGUAAAUAAACUUCUGAAAGACGAAAGCAAAUUUAAUCAACUGCCAUUCAUAAAAAUGGCCAAACAACUUUAUCAGUCAUGUAUGGAUGAAGACACUAUUGAAGAAAAAGGAUUGAAACCUAUGCAAGAAUUGUUAGAUGCAACUGGGGGAUGGCCAAUUCUAAUGUCUGACGAAGAAUGGAAUGCGAAACAUUAUACAUGGCAAUUAGUGCAUAAUGCAUAUUUUAAAUUGUACUCCUUUUCCAUUCUUUUCGACAUAUCAUAUCAAACUGAUUAUGCAAAUUCUGACAUAUUUAUGAUACGUCCAUUUCCUCAAAAUCCUCUCGGUAAAAAAUUAAAAAUUGAUAUACAACAAUCUUUGUUGUCUUUCGAUAUAAAGAUACUAAUGCAACUAAUGUUGAAUAAGACCGGAGAAUGGCCAAAAUACAUGAAGACAAUAAUGGAGGUGGUACGUGCAUUUGCAAAAGACAAAGGAAUUAAAAUUUCAGAGGAGAAGCUGCACAUGAAUGUGAUAGAAUUAAUUGAAUUCGAAAUAAAACUUGAAAAGAUUAUUAAACAUAAGAAAAAAAUUCAUGAAAUAAUUCCUACAACUGGUGAAAAAAUGACAAUUGCGCAAUUACAGGAAUAUUAUAAUCUUGCUGGUCCUCGUCUCAAAGCGAAGAUUGAUUGGCUGCACACAAUACAAAUAACUUUUGCCAAACUUUUCAAAAGAUCUAUAUCUUCUUCUGAAACUGUUCUUGUAUUUCACAAAAAAAUUUUACACGAUUUGGCAUAUCUUUUAGAUGCCACACCGGAGCAUGUAAUCGUGAAUUACUUACAAUGGCAUGUCGUACGAAUAUUUAUGAGUAACUUGAAUAAAGAAAUGAGAAGUAUUGAAUCAGAAUAUUAUUAUUCACAUGACAUAUAUCCGCUUGAAACUAUUUGUUACGAAACGAAACUAAAACGACGAUGGUUACAAUGUAUUGAAGAAUUUCAGAUGAAAGAUGCUUUGUCCUAUCUUUAUGUAAAAACAUAUAUUUCAAGAAAUAACAUGCAGGCUGUAUCACGCAUAUUUAAAGAUGUAAAAGAAGAGAUGAUAAAUUAUAUGAAAUAUUUAAUGAAGCAAAAUAAGUUAUUGGCGAAUCUUAUAAUACAGAAAAUUUACAAUAUAUCACUGCACAUUAAUUAUCCUGAAUGGUAUAAUAAUGAGACACUACUCGCUCAAGUCUAUAAAGGGUUAAAGAUUGAUGACAAUUAUUUCAUGAAUGUAUUGGCUAUCAUAAAGUAUAAAAAUCUAUUAAGAUCGAGAAAUUUCCGUGAAUCUAAAUAUAGAGACGAGAGUUUAUAUAGAUGGACACUUGAUUUUUUAUCUGACAAUCCCAAUUAUGACGAGCAAUCUAAUGUGAUAAGUAUACCUGCUGCUAUGAUGAAUUAUCCAUAUUUUGUAUCCAAUGCAGCAAUAGCCGCUAAUUAUGGUGCAAUAGGUUCGACUUUUGGACAACUUUUGGUUCGCAGUGCAUAUUUUUUUAUUGAAUCAUAUUUCGACGAUUAUGACAAUUUAAGACUGAAAACUGUAAUCAGUCAAGCUUUUGAAGAAGGAUCGCGAUGUCUCAUGAAACAUUAUGACAAUUUUAUACCGCAUUUAACCAUAAACGAAAAUCCAAAAUACAUUAAAUUAUACAAAAAUCUUGUCCGGGAUGAAAUUAUCGCUCAUACUAUUGGUAUACAAGUUGCUUUCGCGGCAUUUGAAAAAAGAAAGACAAUUUCAUUACCGCAAUUAGAUAUUAACUAUCAGAGUUACAAGACCACAUUUGAAGAUAUUAGCGCCCAACCAGAAUUAGAAACAAUGAAUUUCACUCAGGAACAAUUGUUCUUUAUAUAUAAUACAUUAUUAAUAUGCAAUACGAAAAAUCCUUACGAAAAUUUUAUUAAUAUUACCAGUAUUAGAGCGCAAAUAAUCGAUAAUCUGGUUAAUAUAUGGACUUUUCCUGCGGCAUUUAAUUGUCCAUUUUAUUGUAUUAAUGCCCGAUGAAUCCUAAAUCAUAAAAUGGAAAGUCUAAAAUAAUCCGUCAAAUAAAGCAUAAUUUAACUAUGAACAAAAGUUAGAAGAAUUAGAUGACAAAUUAUUGACUUUGAUGAAGCUUCAUCAAUGGAACCUAAAUGAUUGCUGUAACAAUAUUUGUCCAAGUUUCGAGUGUUUAUGUAAUGCGGAAAAAAACGGGAAAUUAUAUAGACAUUAGUUGGUAUUGCGUAUAAUUCUUUUACUUCAUUAUUAGCGGCUCAUCAGUCUCAAAAUACAGAAUAUAAACAUAAAGCUAAAAUAUCUCUCUUACA